GCGGCCGCCAAAUUACCUCGAGAGCUUCUUUUGUUCGUUCUUUUAGACUUUUCCUUUUGGCGGCACAAAGACCGGAGGAGCUUCUGCAAAAAUGAAUACCAGAAGUCUGCUUUGCUUGUCGCGGACAGCGGCCUCCCCUCUCGGAUCCUCAUUCGCCGCGACAGCAUGCCUAAGUAGCAGAAGACCACAAUACUUCAACCGACCACAGAUCAACGCACCCUUAUCGACCGAUACAUCCUCAUCAAACACGAAUGCCACGCCCUCCUCACCGCCGCCACCGCCGCCAGAAGAAUCCCAAGUCAAUCAACUCACCCGCAAACCGCAAACCCCGAGACACUCCAUUAUCAAGGGUAUAACCCACCACAAAACCGGCACCGUCAUUUCCGCCGGUAAAAGGGACAAAGUCGUUCAAGUCGUGCACAUCACCACACAUUGGGACAGAAAUCUGCACAAAUACUAUCCCCUCAAGACAAGGGUCAGCGUAUCGGAUCCGAACAACUCCCUCCGCGAAGGUGAUGUGAUCGAAUUCUCGAACGGUUUUAAUUUCGGAAAUCCUAAGAACGUGGUAGAGAGAAUUAUAGCGCCAUUCGAGACGCCGAUUAGCGCACGUCCACCAGUCCUGACGGAACCUGAGAGAUUUGUGGAUGACUCUGUGAAAAGAAUGAAAGGCUCGGGAAAGAAACUGGGGCCAGUGAAACGGCAGAUACUCGAGAAAUUGUUGCACGGAGGGAUGCUCUCUAAAGAUCGUGUCGAGCACAUUAAAUUACUGCUCGCGGAGGAUUCCGAGAAAACGGAGAAUGUUCGGAAUACUGCGGUGAGAGCGUGAGAAACAAAGAAAUAUGAGUAACAAGGAGAAAUCCCCGAGUGUUGUCAAACCUCGAAUAGAAACUUGUUUUUCUUCUCUUUAUUCCGUUCUCGGCGGCAAGACGAAGGGUGUCAUUACGCCGCUCUGUAUAAUAUGAUGUAUGUUUGAUAGAAUCGAAGAAGUUAUCGAUUGUUACAA